AUGCGGCUUAUAGUUGUGGUCCAGCUAAAGCAUGCUAAAGCAGGAACCUCCCCACCGGUGCGACGCCACGUGCCGCAGCGCGCGCAGACAAACCACCCCACCCAGGACUCGUGCCCGACGCCGCUCGCAGCGCUCUGCGGCGGUGCUGCCGCCGGCGCUGCAGGGCGACGUCGGCGCCGGGCGCGCGCAGCGCCCGUGGCCACGGCGCAGCCAAAGGUCGUGGAGUCGGCAGUGAUUUUUGAGGACUUGUUCUCAAAGUCCAACCGUGCGGCCAAGCUCCUGUCGGAUCUUCCAAAUGCGCUGCCCAUGUCGGCCCUCAGUAGCUACACCGCGGUGCCGCUCUUGUCGGCUGUGGCCGCGUGGGUUUGCCCAAGGCACACGCGGUUGGCGCAGCUCUUGGCCGGAGCUCUUGGGUGUUUGUUGGGCACCUUGGUGGGAGCGUUUUUGAAACAAGCCAAGAAGGAUGCGGCCAAAUGCGCUUUGACGCGCUUGCUGUCGAUGCAUUUGGAUCAGGAAAUGCCCAUGGAAGACUUGCAAGAGCUGGUGCGCCAGCAGCGGAAGCGCUUCGGUGUGCCGGUCGAGGAGCAGAUCAGCGAAACCUGGGAGAAUACCUCCCUGCAACGUGUCUAUGAAGAACUCCUCAUGAGCUUUUUGGACAACCCGGAGCACAACAGUGAUGAGCUGGCAUUGUUGGUCCGCCUGAAAGAGGUCCUCCAACUGGAUGGCAUUGUGGCGGGCAACGCCCACCGACACUGCGCGCAGCUCUUGGUGGCCAAGGGCUAUGGUGGUUUGGAAGGCGACGAAAUGAAGCUGGCGACGGACAAGCUGCUGUUCCUUUCAGAACGUAUUUUCGCCUCUGAGGUUCCCGAGGAGGCCGGUCGCUAUGAGAUGGGCCGGCUGUGCGCGGUGCUUCAGCUCAGCAAGAAGGAAGCGGUGCAGCGCGUCCGUGAGGUCUCCAUCGAGCUUUUUGGCGAGGACAAGACCUCUGGGCUGGACCAAGACGAUGCGAGCUCCUCCAAGUUCUUCCGCGUUAGGCAAGAGCUGAGCGACCGCCUACGGGUGAUGUACAACACCGCCUGCAAGGCCUCCCGCAACAAUGCUCAAGCAGCUUUGGCCAGCAUGGACGAGAUGGUGGAGUUUGCCAAGUCCUCCGAGCCGGUGCUGAGCCAGUUGUUGCAGGACCCCGCUGAGGCGGCCUUUGUGGAAGGCAUGGAACCCACCUUGACCUUGACCGCAGACCCCCUGCCGGGCCGAAGACUGUACGGCCUCUUCUUCGAGCGGGCCAUGCAGGGCUCCGCGCCCAGCGCCGUGAAACCUGAGGAGUUCGGUCGGUUGUUGGAGCUGUCGGACGAUGACAUGGAACGUGCCAGAGUCGACCUUUGUCAGCCCAAGUUGAAGGAGCUCUAUGAGUCCUGCAUUCAAAAGGCAGAAUCCACAAAGAAGCCAUUGGCUGAGCUGAAGCCAGAAGUCAGCGAUCAGACGAUGGCCAAGUUUCAGUUGCCAUACACUGCGGUGGAAGAUACAGCAUUGGAGGUUUACAAGUCCUUCGUCGAGAAGGUUGGUGGACAAGUGCUGAAGACAGCCGAGAAGGAGCAGUUGGAUAAGAUCAGGGAAUUCCUGGAGCUGGAGAAGGACAGCGUGCGUCGUAUGCACUUGAAGGCGUUCGCCUCGGUCUACGAGUUCAGCGUCCGAGAAGCCUUGGGCCGUUCGCAGCUGAUCACCGCUGAAGCGCAGGAGGCGCUGGUGCAGUUGGGAGAUCGCUUAGGCCUGGAAGAAGAAGAUACAAAGAAGAUCUUCUAUGGUGUGAUCGAGGAGAAUAUCAAGGAAAUGAUGAUUCCAGUGAGAGAUGCUUGGGAGGAGGCUACUUACACCAAAGAGGCCUUGCUCCAGCUGAACAAAGAGCGCGGAAAGGACCUGGGUGACGACCCCACCGCUGACGGCACUGGAGCGGAGCUCGGCAUCAAGGACAGCCCUCCUUUGGAGGGCGUGAGAGGCUUCAAGCUGAUGGAAGAGCUCAGCAAGGUGGCUGACUUCUACACCCGCAACAAGGUCUUGAAGGAAGAUGCUCCUGAGCCCAUUGACGAUGACGAUGAAGCUUGGGCUGAAGCCUACCCAGUGCAAGUUGGGAAGUGGAUCGAAGACAAGAACAAGGAGGAGAUGUUCGGUAUCUUCGCCUGGAACGCCAUCACGUGUCAAGACACCACCUCCCGCGAGCGAUGGACCAAUGCCAAGCCCACCGUAGGAGGCAUCUUGGGCUUGAGCCCCAAGGUGCAGAAGAAGGUGGUAAUAGGAUGGGCUGACAAAAAGUCUGAGCAUGAGCAGCUAGGGGAGCUGAAGAAGGAUGAUGUGCAAAUGCUCACAGAGUGGGCUCCCAUGUUCUUCGGCAUUGACAAGGAAGUCUUGCAGGACUUGGUGAAAGUGGCCAACAAGAGCUUGCUACAGAACAAGGUGCUGAAGCUGUUGAACAAGCCGUCGGUGUCGCCAGAGGAUUUGAACACCUUGAGAGCGGAGGUGUCGGAGUGGGAUUUGGAAGUGGCGACGGAUUUGGAACUGUCCAGGCCACAACUCAGGUCACUCUUCAAAGUCGAGAUCUCCGCAGUCCUGGAGGACGACGAUUUGUCGGACGAGCAGAAGGUGGAUGGCAUCGAUGCCUCCAGAGAAGCCUUCGGCUUGGCGGAGAAGGAGGCGAAGGACGAGAUGCACGACCUGAUCCGAAGUAGGUGUCGCGCCUCCUUGGUGAACGCCUCCGGGGAUUUGCUCCAAGAGAACCCCGGCGCGGCAGUAGAUCAAAUGCGGCGGCUGGAAACCUUGGCGGCCUUCGGCCUCUCCGCCGGUGUGGAAUUCCAGGACGACUGGGAAGUGGCACCGGCGAUGCGGCGGAAACUGCUCCAGACCUACCUCUCAGGGUGCAAAGGAAAGGCUCCGGUGACCUGGCAAAAACACAUGCAUCCACGCUUGUUUCCACAAAAUGGUUUUGCCAUCGUUUGA